AUGCACGAGGUCCAGUACCCCGACUAUAAGCUGUUCCCAGCCGCUUUCGAAGCCUGGUUGCGCGCAAAGUUUGACGAUCCUACCAUUACCGUUGAGACUGAGAGGGAGGAAAAGCUGGCCGUAGGGUGUCCAGGUAAAGAUGCGAGACGUUAUUCAUUUGUACCUUUUGCAACUAUGAACACCCACGAUCAACUAAUGCAGCACUGUAGCAAAUCGCUCGACUACCCCUGCAACCUUCAGGAGCCAUGUCAGCCAAGACGCACCCUUGAUGGCUAUCGCAAGAUGCUUAUCAAGUCAGAAGAAGAUCUCUUUGACUCUGAAAAAGAAGAAAUUACCAUCAUUGAAUCUGGCGAAAGAGCAUAUAAAUGUGACCAAGAAACCUUCACACGCCCUGCAGGUCUCCAGAAGCAUCUUCUCCAAAAUCGUUUUAAUGGAUUCGAUGCACUUGACAAGCCUGCAGAUGACCUCGUUCAGAUCCCUAGGCUUGGACGCUCAGGUUGCGUGCACGGGACUCAAUAUUUGCUACGCUCUGUGGAACAAUCCACAGGUCCCAUGGGAGAAACAGCAUGGAACAUCCGUCAGAUGGCAGUCCAUCACCAUCUCAUGCAGGAAACGAUAAAGGAGGCAAUGUUGGAUGAUCCCAGUCUCAGCCCGACUCCAGCUGAGGGGUUGUCCAAGUCAUUUGCAGCAACAUUGCUGACCCAUCUCAUUCACCUACAGUGGUGUGACGAGUCUUGGCGACUAUGCAUCAAUGAUUUUGAAGAGAGAAUCAGGACUGUCCUCAGCAAAGCAAAAACAGCUAGAGUUCAUCAGCAGUCUGGUAUUCACACGACUGUUAAAAGAGCCUUGACAAGCAAGUCGAACACGAAUGUGAACGACAAAUCAGAAAAGCACACAGCUUUUAGAAACACGCGGCUCCAGUUGAACAAGAAUGGCUGGGAGGCUCUUACGUCGUACUUGUGCUUAACACCCAUAACAGGAAACACGUCCGAGCCUGUCCCACGCGAGAAGGAGAUGGUGGAUGAGGGUGUCUCAAAUCGACUCGAAGCCUUGAUGGUCCUUGAUACCUUUUCCAUCAAUGAAGCCCAAAAACUUCAUGAUAUUGGAGAACACCUUGAAAACUUUCGGCAGAUUAAGAUAUCUUGCAAGGCCGAAUUGGCUUCUUUCUCUCGACAUGUGGAACGUAUCAGAAAGAACCUGGAAAUUCGAGUAACUCAAAUCGAAUCCCUGAUUGCUUGGCUAAAGGAAGGAAAGGUGCUGGUCAGCCACAUGUUUACCGAGAGCUCACAUAUCCAAUCAGAGAAGAUGAAGAAGAUCGCAUACAAGACAGAAAAGGAGACGAUCUCGAUGCACGUUAUCAUGUGUGUCACACUUGCAUUUCUGCCUGGUACCUUUGUUGCUGGGGUUCAUCAGUCGGGUCUGCCCCGUGAACCGGUUUUCAACAUUUUAUCUAAAUCUGCUAUUACCACGACUCCUGCUACUGGAGGAGACACGACAACCGCUGCAGGAGAUGCAACUACUGUCGCUACUGCAUGA